AUGGCUCUUCAUGGACGACUGACGUUUCUGUUCGACGACAAGUUCGAUUAUGAAUUCGAAAUCAUCAUGAAACAGCUGCCAGCCUUGAGCGACUACGAGGUUGCGCUCGAGAUGCGUUCAUUGAUGAAGAGGCCUGACGUAGUAGAGCGAGCGAAACAGAUGCUCCAAGUACGCCCUGGGGUUGUUAAUGUGUUUCUCGAUGGUCGCUACCUGAUACAUGAUGCACUCAACCAAACCAGCUGUAGCGAUGCAUUUUGGGUAUCUGAGCUUCUCAAAUAUGGAGCAGAUCCGAAUGCACGAAGCAAUUCAGGAGACACAGCAGUGUCCUGGGCGUGCAAACUGUGCAGAAAUAACGGGUCGGCUUACCUGCAGGCUCUCCAAUCCUUGGUUCAAGCCGGCGGUGACAUCAAUUUUCUGAAUGAUCAAAAACCCGUGGGUGAGGGCCAGACUCCACUGAUCCUAGCCGUCAACACAAGUCGGCUGUGGAGCGAAGAUAAGCUUAGACCCGAUGAAGAUGACAAGCGAGCCUUCGACUUGGUGGACGCAUGUAUUGGACUUGGUGCCGAUGUCAACGCAACGGACACGUCGGGUCGAACGGCUUUACACUGGGCGGCGAUGUGCGGAAAUGUGGUGGUUGUCAAGCGCCUGCUAGAUGCCGGCGCAGAUCCAGAGCUGAAGGACUCGAAGCAGCGAGGAGUGCUCGACUGGUGGACGCAUCAACGCAACAAAGCAACUUUCAAGCUCUUGAAGGAGAGAAUGAACCCGAGAAACUUCGCAGCGAAGACGGUUAAGACAUCGACAGAGGACGGGGACAGCGAAAUUGACAGCGAAGAUGAAGUUGACCAGCGCAACGAGUUGAGCAAGUAUUUCCCGAACGUCCCUAAGGCCCCAGGUGCAGCUUUGGCUCAACCACCAAGGCAAGGACCCACCACUCUGUCGGAAGAACAAGAUCGACUGGUGAAGAAACUGAUGUGGUGGAGCAACACGUUGCAGUGGAGCAGAGAAACAUGUAUCGAGGGCCUGGAGCGAUGCAAUUGGGAUUUCAAUUCGGUAAAGUGUCCUCCCUAG